AUGCAGAAAGUGCCUUCUCGCAAAGGAAAAUUGGAGUACUCAUAUGAGAGGAUCAGUCAUCCAGUGUUGGGUGUGACUGAGCUUUGGCAUGAAUCCCUUCCUGCAGGAGUGGGUCAUCUUUACCCUCAUUAUACAACCCUUUACCUGUCCUGUGGUUGCUGGACCUCCAUUACCAUCGCAAACACAGCCAUACCCAGUUGCCCCUUGCCAGGCUCGGAGAGGGCCUGGUUCCUUGGGCCAGCUCUGGUGGGAUACGGGAAGAAAGAAACUGUCAGGUUGUAUCAAGAGUUACUAAUGGCAUUUGCAAUUGCAGGUACGGUGGUAAGCGGUGUGGGAGUGGUGGCGGUGGGGGCUCAGCGGCAGCAGCAGCAGCGGCAGCAGCGCAGCAGGAGGAGCAGCAGUAGGUGUCAGGCGAUCGCCCCGCUACGCCACCCAACAGUCUUCCGCGUCUGCAGCAUCUGUGGGCAGACCAGGAGACAUCACACUCGGCCUCUUCACACGCACCACCACAACACUAAGCAUAAGGGAGGAAAGACUAGCACUGGAUCCGGCCAGGGCGGUGCAAGCACCAACAACGCAUCCUCACAAAAGCUUGACAACGGUGGUAGUGGUGGAGUAGACACCAACCAACAGCACGACAACGCCUCCAACAACCUCACCACCAACAACGCAACCGGCCGCCACAACCACCACGAAGCCCCCCACCCUACUCAACUAGGUCCUCCGCUGCCGCCGCUGCUGCCGCACCUCACCAUCACCACAAUCAUCACCAUAAUCACCAUCACCACCACUCCAACCAGCGCCAUAGCUCACGAGGCCCUCGUCGUAACCGGAUGAGUAUGGGGCAAAAAGUCAC